AUGGCGACCAACGACUUGAACUCCCAGAGGCUUACGCCGGUAUGGAAGUAUAGUAUCCCACGUUACGACCUAUCUGUGCGUCGCUUGCGCCACUACUCGUCUCCGUCUGCCAACCUCCGCGAUGUCAACCUGGGCAACAUCUCUCGGGACGUACUCACCUACACGGCCGAGCAGCGCAUGAACAAAGCCAGAGAGCUCCGCCGCUCACUGCUCGACAAGCUCUUCCACGACCUCUACGCGCAAGACAAGCGCACUUGGAAGAGCUGUGCGGCGGUCUUUGCUGUGCGACAGGAGAGCAAGAGAGGCACGCUUGAAUACCACCGGUGGAUCGACAAGGCUGUCGAGCGCGUGCUGGCGGGGAGGGAGAUGAGCAGCUUGAUCAAUGGAGAACCGACGUAUCCCAACUUCGCCACUUACCAUCUCGUCGAGGAGUUCGUGGAGCACCUUGGCGGGACGGUGUGGCUGGAGAAGGCCAGUGAAGACUCCACGGACCUGAGCUCGGAGAAGAUUAGAAGUGAGCAGGAGUAUCGCAACUGCCUCGUCAAAUACGUGCUGGUCCAGAUCAAGACCCUCCAAGAAUUGCUGUUCAACGCUUGUCGGAAUGCGGAAGACGCAACACUCGAGCCGUUCGAAGAGUAUCAGGCGAGGGUGGAGCAUAUUAAGCAGCGCUGGAAUGAUGCAGAGAGGUGUAGGGCCUCUGCAGUCCAAACCCGUAACUACGACUCAGAAGAGGACGAGGAUUUUUACCUAGAUUCAGACGAGGACCUGCUAGUGGACGAUUCGGAUGAGUCGCACGAUUCAGUCAAUUUGAACGACGUGAGGCUUAAGUAUGGAAAUGAAUGGAAUUUUGAUGGCGUCCCAUCACAGAAAGGGCUGCAACGUUUCUCUCAAUACGCCACACUUGUUCGACGGAUUAGUCUCCCCGAGCUGGAGCGCAUCGACACCACCGUCUUCUUUCACCUCUCCCGAGCGAAUCCGGGCCACCCACUCCUUCCAAUGGUCGUUGAGAUCAGGUGCAGAGUCUCGCCUGUCGUUGACAUGACGGUGCUGUCGCUCGCGGGGAAAAGUCUCCGCGUACUGGUCAUCCUCGAGGAUAAUCAUGCAUCGUGGAAUCGUAGGGAUGACUCUCACGAAGCUUUCGCGGUCAGGCGACUCCUUGGCGCACUACCGUCACGGACUCCGGAACUGCGGACCCUUUGCGUGUACGACCAGGGCAAGCACACGCCUUCGCAAUUAACCUGCAUUGGUCAGUUACGGGAGCUGCGUUCAUUUCGCAUGAAGUCGUGGUCAAAAGACCUAUGGGUCGGGGCCUUCAUGUAUACGUUGGCCACGCUAGAGCAUCUCCAUGAUCUCGCUCUGCCCUUGGACAACCGUUGGAUCCCGCAAGAGACGCCGAUACAGGAAGGCUUUCGCGAGUUGCGUAGGCUGAGGUUCGAUGGCUAUCGCCACAAAGACUUGUUGUUAUUGGAUUCUCUGGCGGCGAUCAUGCCUUCCAUCCAAUUGGAGCGACUUGAUGUCAUCGAUGCCUUUGUGAAUAGCUUCGAGGAGGAACGCAGCUGUUUCGACACAUUCGCUGCUGCAUGUGCCGAUACGCUGACCACGCUCAGAUUCGUUCUACAUGUAAAUCCGGACGAGGAACUCUACACCGUGCUCUCCAUCCCCGUGCCGGCAUUCAACAUCUUCCGACCCCUCGUGCAACUGCAUCACCUACAGGUCUGCAGGAUCACCUUCUCUGACCAUCUCUCCUUCGUGGAUGAUGACCUGAACAAGAUCCAAGGCGUUUGGCCGCACCUGCAAGUGUUCGCUCUUUCGUGGAAACGUUCGCGCGACACGGAUACGGCACCUUCCUUCCGCGAUGUCAUGGAUUUUCUCCGACAGUGCCCUCGGCUCGCGGUGUUUAAGCUCUCUGCCGUUGUUAUCCUCGGGCAAGUCAGAGCUCGUAGGACAGUCAAGGCUCUGCCCCUGAACUUCGUGGUCAAAGACAAACACAUUCGGGACCCCGUCACGUUUGCCGACGCUCUGCGCUCAUUAUUCCCAAGAGUCCGUGUCGAUAACAAGACCUGCGCAGGUGCAUCUGGCAAGUGGGCUAGGGUCUUAUCGAGACUGAGGGAUACAGUUCUAACGAGGUCCCGACGGAGCAAGGGCUCGGACGCUUCACAAAAAUUCGCAGCGCUCGUGCAGCGCAUCAGCAUUCCAGAGCACAUCGAUCCUUCCAUCUUCUUCCACUUCUUGCGAGCGACUCCGGGCCAGCCACUCCUCCCCAUGGUCGAGGUGAUCAGGUGCACUGUCUCACCGUCCCUCGACUUAACCAUAUUGUCCCUCUCGGGUCAUCACCUUCGCGAACUUUUUGUUCGUGAGGAUAAAAAUGCGUCAUGGGACCGCCCGGAAAAGGCCCCUGAGGCUUGUGCUGUCAGACGGCUCCUCAGCGCAUUGCCUGCGAGGACUCCGGGCCUACAGUCUCUCUGCGUAUAUGACAAGGGCAUACACAAACUCCAGCACAUUCUAUGUGUUAGUCAGCUGCGCGAGCUCCGUUCUCUGCGGAUGAGGUUUUGGCCGGAGGAUGCGUUGGCCAAGUUGGAGCACCUUCAAGACCUCGAUCUGCCCUUGGACGACUGGGUGACAGUACAACCCAUACCUGAAGGAUUUCCUCAGCUGCGGAGCUUGAAGUUUGAUGGGCAUGACCAGAUAGACGUGCUGAGUCUGCCUGAGCUCGCAAAAGCCAUGCCCCCCAUCCGACACUUGGAGCGUCUUGAGAUCGUCGACACUUUCGUGGAAAGUUUCACGGAGGACGACAGCCCCCUUGACGACUUCGUCGGUAUAUGUGCCGAUACCUUGACCUCAGUCAGCUUGGAUGUACAUCCGGGUGGACCGUGUCCCGAGCUUCCUUUCCCCGUCCCAGCACUGAACAUCCUCCGUCCCCUUAUGCAGUUGCAUCACCUCCAAUCCUGCGACAUCUCAUUCAACGAAAACCUAUCCUUCACCGACGGCGACCUGCGCAAGGUCCGAGGGAUCUGGCCGCUCCUAAAAGCAUUCACUCUUUCCUGGCGGCGCCCGUACGUCGCCGGCUCGGCCCCUUCCUUCCGCGCCAUCGUCGACUUUCACUCGGCGUCUUCCGAUCUGACGGUGCUCGAGCUCCCAGUUGUGGGCAUCAACGGGAAGUGUGUGCGCUGCAAAGAUAUAAAAGCCCUGCCUCCGAGCUUUGUCAUCGAGAACGAAUGCAUUCGAAAUCCCGAGACACUGGCGCAGGCUCUUCGCGCGCUAUUCCCGAAGAUACGUAUCACUAGGGAUACCUUGAGAGGUACUUCUGGCGAGUGGGGCAUGACCUUAUCGAAACUUAGGGAUACUAACAAGUAUCAUUGA